AAAGAUAAGACCUUUUUCACAAAAAAAAAAGGACUCAUUUUGAAGAGUCUCGUGGGAAAGAAGUCAAUCGAAAUCGAUAGAAAGAAAGAAAGAAAGCGCAGAGAUCAGAGAUCAGAUUCAGAGAUUGAAGAAGAAGAAGAAAUGGGUAUUAUAAAGAGUGCCUUUACGUUCAUGUCGGCGACUGUAUUCGGAAUAUACAUAGCUCAAAACUACAACGUCCCCAACAUCAAGAAACUCUCAGACACUGCUCUCUUAUUCGCCAAACACAUCGAAGAAAAUUACCGAAAGCCCAAGAACAAAACAGACGACUACGAAGACAAUUAGUUUUCUUUUUUCCAUUUUGUAAUCUAAAGUUAUUGUCUUUUUUAUUUUUUCUGUUAAAGGGUAUAAAAACCCCAAUUCAAUUUCAUAUUUUGUUCCAAAUGCAAAGUUAGAAACUUUAAAUGUAUACACAUUUUUGUC